AUGAUAUUCCCGCUCUCACUUCUGUAAAGACGUGGUUGAGCGAGAACUUCUCCAUGAAAGACUUAGGGGAUGCUAGUUAUGUCCUUGGCAUAAGAAUCUACCGAGAUAGAUCAAGAAAGUUAAUAGGUCUGAAUCAAAGUGCAUAUAUAGAUAAAAUUCUUGAUCGAUUUAGCAUGUCUAACUCUAAGAAAGGAUCUUUACCUAUGACACCUGGCACGGUUCUUUCCAAGAGCCAGAGCCCUUCUACUCCCGAGCAGAAGGAACUCAUGAUGAAGGUUCCUUACGCUUCUGCGAUUGGAUCCAUCAUGUACGCCAUGAUAUGUAAUAGACCUGAUGUAUCAUUCGCUUUAAGCGUGACCAGUAGAUACCAGGGAAGUCCAGGAGAAGCCCACUGGACAGCGGUCAAGAACAUCCUCAAGUAUCUUCGCAAUACUAAGGAUGCAUUCCUGGUAUACGGUGGUGAGGAAGAGCUAAAGGUGGUCGGUUACACUGAUGCUAGCUUCCAAACCGACAGAGACGAUUCAAAAUCACAAGCAGGAUAUUUGUUUUGUCUAAAUGGCGGAGGUUUUAGCUGGAAGAGCUUCAAGGAGGAUACAACCGCCGAUUCGACUACAGAGGCUGAGUACAUAGCUGCCGCCGAGGCAGCUAAAGAAGCUGUUUGGAUCAAGAAGUUCAUUACUGAACUUGGAGUGGUUCCUAGUAUCAAUGACCCUAUCUCGUUGUUUUGCGACAACACUGGGGCCAUUGCACAGGCAAAGGAACCGCGAUCUCACCAGAAAACCAAACACAUUGUACGAUGCUAUCACAUCAUACGAGAAAUCGUAGACAGAGGAGAUGUGAUGAUUUGCAAAGUAGAUACUGACGACAACAUAGCCGAUCCCUUGACCAAGCCUUUAGGAAAGCUAAAGCAUGAGGGUCACACUAGGUCCAUGGGCAUUCGACUGAUGCCAAAUUGGCCAUAGUGCAAGUGGGAGAUUGUUGGAGUUGUGCCCUGAUGGCCAACUAUUCAUCGUUAUCCUAUCAUGUAUAGGCAGAUAUAAUAUGUUUACACAUCUUAUGCUAAUUACUUGCAAUGAUUUUUGAUCAAUUAUUAUAUGUAAAUAUAUCAAGUUUUAUCAUGGGUAUACCUGAUCUGCUAUCGAGACCUAAUGAGUCUAAAUUUUUGUUAUAAGAUCAAGAGUCAUUGGGUGAACGAGUACAAGCCGGGAACAAAUCAUUUUUAAUGGCAAAAAGUUUGUGUUGUUGGGAAUGACUUGGACCUAGAGAAGCAGAGGCAAUCACACCAAAGGAGGCUUUAAGCUCGAUCAAGGGCAAAGACUAGAGGCAUAUCAUUGUGGAAACAGGCAGCAAAAAUGUGCUUGAUGCAAUUCAUAAUUUUUUCAAUACUGAUCUUGUUUAAUUCUAUUUAGAUUAUUUUAAGUAUCUCUGGUGUGUUUGUAACAAAGACCUUAAGUUUCU